AUGGCUACACGUCCUGUUUUGGCAACAUGGCUGUACAAAGCUGGUCAGAUCUCUUAAAAUCAUCAAAGAAAACAGCUUUAAUACACGAUGGAAAAAGGAAGAUACACUAUCUAUUUACAGACGGAAAAGAAAUGGCAGAGGAAUAUGACUUGACAACAGAUGAGCUCACUGUACGAAAAUGGCGUUCAAAAAGCACUUUUAAAGGGCAUGGCCCAUGGGAGAUAGAAGUUGGAGAGCCAGUGUCAUCUACUGUGGCCUCUUUGGAAUCAGAUGUUAUCAAGGAAAACUGUUCAAAUCCCAUCUUCUUGCGUAAAGAUACAAAGACCAGUUUUCAGUGGAGAGUCCGGAACCUUCCGUACCCCAAACAGGUCUACAACCUCUCAGUGGAGCCUGAUCAACGAUGCUGCGUCAUACGUACAACUAAUAAAAAGUAUUACAAAAAGUUCAAUAUUCCGGAUCUAGAUCGAAGCCAGCUGCCUUUGGAUAGUUCUGCUCUCAGCUUUACCCAUGUCAACAACACGUUAAUCGUCAGCUACAAGAAGCCCAAAGAGAUAUUAACCCUUGAGCAUGAGCUACUCUGUGAGGUGAAGAAACUGAAGGGAACCAAUGAAGGGGACGUGGACUGCAAAACUCAGUGAAGUGUGUAUCUACGUUGAUGUCACUCAAACAAGUUGUUUACCGACCCAUACUCUUGCUCUAGAUUUCUGUUGGAAUAAGUGCGGUUCCUUCCUUGGAAUAUUGAGCAGUGCCUUGUCUACACUUUUACGGUCAGUUUGUGAAUUCAGUGGUUGUCAUUGUUUUAACUGGUUCUUUUGCUAGUGUAAACUCCCAAGUGUCCCAUUGAAAGGUAUUAAAAAAUGUAUUACUGCUGUUUUGUAAAAUGUUCUGAAUCCGUGUUGUUGAGCUGCAAAUAUUUUUUUUUGAUUGAACACGUGUCUGUCUUUUGAAGAUGAAUAAAAUUCCAUAACGUG